AUGACUCCUACCACUGCCACACCAAGCAAAAAGCAAGUCCACUCCACCCACAACAGCUGGACCUACAGUGGUUCGAGGGAACCCAAGCAUGCAACCAACCACAGGGCAACCAACUUGCUGGCACCCACCACUCCUGGUCCAACAGUUACACCAGGAAAGCCAAGCAUGACUCCUACCACUGCCACACCAAGCAAAAGCAGGUCCACUCCACCCACAACAGCUGGACCAACAGUGGUUCUUGGAAGCCCAAGCAUGGUUACCACAUCUGUUAAACCAAUCUUGGAGCCAUCAUCGCAGCAUGAGUGGAACAAGCCUGCAUCGGUGCAGCGGAGGCCCAAGACACCAUUCCCACUACUGCAGUUCCAACUGUUACUCCAGGGAACCCAAGCAUUCAACCAACCACAGGGCAACCAACUCUGAUGACACCCACCACUCCUGGUCCAACAGUGCGGAAAGCCAAGCA